UCCCCUUGCAGUGGGGGGAAGGAAUCAAACCCCCAAGAUGGCGGCGGCGUCGGAGGAGCGGAUGGCCGAAGAAGGAGGCGGCGGCCACGGCGACAGCGGCUCGUCUUCGGCCAUCGGCUCUACCCAGCGACUGCCCCCACCGCCCCCGUCCCAGCCCCCGCAGCCGGGGUCCCAGGCGCCCCCAGCCCCGACGCUGGCUCCGGACCAGCUGCCUCAAAACAACACGCUGGUGGCGCUGCCCAUCGUAGCCAUCGAGAACAUCCUCAGCUUUAUGUCCUACGACGAAAUUAGCCAGCUCCGCCUGGUUUGUAAAAGAAUGGACUUGGUCUGUCAGAGAAUGUUGAAUCAGGGAUUUCUAAAAGUGGAGAGGUACCAUAAUCUAUGUCAGAAACAAGUUAAAGCACAGCUCCCAAGGAGAGAGUCAGAAAGAAGAAACCAUUCAUUAGCUCGUCACGCAGACAUCCUUGCUGCUGUUGAAACUAGGCUUUCACUAUUAAACAUGACUUUCAUGAAGUAUGUGGAUUCCAAUCUCUGUUGCUUCAUCCCAGGAAAGGUUAUUGAUGAGAUUUAUCGUGUGUUGAGAUAUGUCAAUUCUACCAGAGCCCCUCAGCGAGCUCAUGAAGUACUUCAAGAGUUAAGGGAUAUUUCCUCCAUGGCAAUGGAAUACUUUGAUGAAAAGAUUGUUCCAAUUCUAAAGAGGAAAUUACCAGGAUCAGAUGUGUCUGGAAGACUCAUGGGCUCUCCUCCAGUUCCAGGACCUUCUGCAGCCCUGACAACAAUGCAGCUCUUCUCCAAGCAAAACCCUUCAAGACAAGAGGUUACCAAACUCCAGCAGCAGGUUAAGACAAAUGGUGCUGGUGUGACUGUUCUCAGGCGUGAAAUUUCUGAGCUUCGCACCAAAGUGCAAGAACAGCAGAAACAGCUUCAAGACCAGGACCAGAAACUGCUAGAGCAGACCCAGAUCAUAGGGGAACAGAAUGCACGGUUGGCAGAGCUGGAACGCAAACUGCGAGAAGUAAUGGACAGUGCAGUAGGGAACCCUUCAGGGUCUGGGCAGAAUGAAGAGUCUCCUCGGAAACGAAAAAAGGCAGCAGAAGCCAUAGACUCUCUUAGGAAAUCUAAACGUCUCCGGAAUAGAAAGUAAAUUGGAAUGUGCUUCUAGCUCCAGAGGAAGAUCUGGCUUCAUAGCUUGAGCAGUUGUGCAUAUCAGGACACUGAGAGCAACAUGACGUCCCUUAGGCUUCUAGGCUUUCAGAAAACUUCAACUUGAACUCUCAUGACUGGGACAUUCUUUUCCCGCUUCUCCUGGUUGAACUGAUGCACAGAAUCUUUUUACUUUGCAAUAGAUUUGUACUAACCAGACCUGUUCUAUCAUGUUUUGAGGAGUUAAUUUUUUUUUCUGUGCAGAUAAUGUUUAAAGUAAGUUUAUUUGUUUCUGCAUAUAUGCACAUUACAUAAGGAUCUUAAACCAGUCUUGACAGACUAGAAGUUAAGUUUAAUACAGAAAAUGUCCUGUUCACUUGAAAGAAAAGACCUACUUUUUAAAUGGACAGUAUCUUGUUUAAAAAAAAAAAAAAAAAAAGUUGACUUUUUGUUAUAAGUGACCUUUGUCUGGAAUGUCUGAAAAGUAGUAAAUGCUUUUUGGUAUUGAAGUAAUGGGUAACUAAAACGGACUUCCAUAGUAUUGACUGUAGAAGGGGCCUCUACAGUAUUGACUAUAUAUUUUUAUAAACUACUGGCAAGGGAUUUAUCCAGUUGUUAUAUCACAUUUUCAGUUCUCUUUUGGGGCCAUGUCCUACAUUUGCAUGGAUGGAUGCAUGCAUUGCCUAGGCAACUCACUUAAAAAGCUCUUGCACUGGUAUUGAUCUUGAACCUCUAUACUUCUCCACUUUUUUAGAUCAGCAUCUUAGUUUACUUAAGCACUUAACAUCUUCCACAACAGCUGGCCUCCGGGGGGGGAAUCUGUGAGUCCAUUUGUCCUCCAGUUUUACAGGAACAAGAGAGCGUUAAAGCCCUUUGCUUUCUCUCUUCUCUGCAGGGUUCAGGUACGCUGGCGAAGGCAGAACACCAAAUCCCAAAGCUCUUCCUAUCCAUAUCAGACCUCUGGUAACUAGUACUAUUUCCUUACUCACCACUGUGUGUGCUCAUUGAUCAAAUGUGAUUACCAGUGGUAUGAGUAAGGGACCCAACCUGUGGGAUGCAGUUUUGCCACUGAAAGAAAGUUCACUGAAGAAAACUGUACUCUGAAAAAGUAUUUUGAUCAUUUCAUUUCUGGGGGAUGACCCGAGGGAAGCUUUUUAAUAUUAAUUUCACGCUUUCCUUAUAAGUUUAUACAAAAGCUUUAAUUUCGUUUGCACUCCUGUUUUGAGCUCAUAACUGGAAAAGCAUGUCUUGCACUGUUCAACCUUCUAAGUGGUCACUUUAACGACCUCCAAAUUAUGUACAGUGGUUAUUUGCCCCAGUUGUAUAUUUUUGAGACAUUCAGCUAUUACUAUUCUAGUUUUAUUUUAAUGUACUAAAUUAUGUCAUUAUUAUUUGACUGUUAGAUUCUUUGAAACAGCUGUUGCCUUGGGCUUCAGUUAUUUAAAAUAAAUUUAGGUGUAAUAUAGAAAACUGUCCCUUUCCAGGUGGGAGUUUGAUACCUGCAUAAAACCUAAGGUUUUGGUAAGUACCUUAGUUGAGUAAAAGCACAAGGUUACCAUCUUUUUUAUCCGUCCAACAUGACAUGGUUCUGCAUCCUUUAGAUUAACCUCACCAAAUGAAACUUUUUCUUAUCCAUUUUUAAUACUGUCCUUAGAUUUCGAUCGGUUCUCUGUCUACCUUUGAAACUCCAUUUACAAUGUAGUAUGUUUUCAAUGAAAAACCAUAAAAUAACGUCCAAGUGUUUCAUGGUUUGUUGGGAAGGUAAUUUUAAAAUAAACAAUUUCCAAAAAAUAUUUGUCAGCCAAGGUCAUCCAUAAAAGUCCCUGUCUGGAACUCAUUUUCUCAGCAGGUCUCAUUUAUUGUAACCAUAGGAUUUAGCCAUAUUACCAUACUUUGGAGGAGGCCUACUGGAAUACUCAUGGCCUUUAAGUCUGCUUUCCUGGUAAUAGGAAGACUUUUUUAAGCAACAAAGUACAUGUUUACAGGUUUGCAAAGUAUGAUCCUUAUGCAUCAAAGGGAUAUAAUCUCAGAUGAUUAAUAGUUGUUAAUGAAUAUUUAAAGUUGCCUAGAUUUCUUUAUAAACUACAUCUAGAUCCCCUAAAUGUAUCUAUAGUUAACAAGUAUAUUUGGCUUUCACAAUAAGCAUUCACACUAUGAAAAGGUAGAUUUUGUUGAGAAUCCAAAUUUCUAUGGUAUACACUUGUAAUCACCUGUCCAUAAGGUUAAUGAGUUGCUCUUGUUAAUGCAUGAAUGUUCCAUAACAGUAGGAGAAUAAAGCACUACAGUUUUGUUGUUUAUUUUAAGUCUUAAACCUUACUUAGACUGUCUAGCUAAAACAUGCUAGGAUAUUGCCUUGACCGAUUUGAUAGCUGUUACACUUGCUUUUGGAUAACAUAAUAAAUAGUAUUUAAGGUUCAACAAAUCACAAAUUAUUUUGAUCAGUAAAACUGACACGUGUUACAGGAAAAUUGUAAAUUAGCCUCCUGAGAGAACCAUCAUGCCCUGGAUCAUACAUCAGUAAUACAAACGCUAUAAUGUUAAUAUUGUGUUGUCCUAGAACAACAUUUCAUAAAGUAUUGUCACCUUCCUUGGCUGAUUUUUGGAGGAGAUGCCUCUAUUUUAAUGGGUCAUCCCACUUUUAUAAAUUGAUGCUACAACACUACAGACAUAGAUACACAGUGUGAAAAGGCAUAUAUUAGAAGACUGCCCCCACCCCCUCCCCAACAGGAUCCUCCGCUUAUCUCCAACAUGGACCUGGCUUGGUGUUCACAUAUUCUGAAGUAUGAAUUAUUUCAGAACAUGAGAUUAUAGAAGCUUUUUUCAAGCUCCUCUUGCUGUACAGAGCCUGGAAAUAAUGGGGCAAACAAAUGUAUUCAGAGUAAUCGUGAUGUUUUAAAAACUGUUGGGGUGCCAUCAGGUCUAAAGCCACAGGUUUUGGAAGCAACUUCUUUUUGUAAAACAUGUUUUUUGGAGUACUGAACUUUACAGGGGCUUGCCUUAAUCUCUAGUAGUUUCAAAAUGUAUGCGCUGUUAUUCUACUUGUUAAAAUGUUAAAAUAUUCUAUGUAGCCCCAAAGGUGGGUAAAACAGAGUAUAAGUAAUGCCUAAAUAAAUAAGCUAAAAGGUGUCACUACAGCUGGAUUUUUGAGAGAAAAUGGACAUAGGAACAUAGGCUAUGAGUCAUAAAAAGAAUGGCACCUUAAGAUUGCACUAUUUUAUGCAUUAUUUUAUAUGCCACUUCAUCGCCUGCACUUUAUCUCCAAAGAAACGAUGUAUGGUGUCCCAGCUGUUCCUUUUUAUUAGUAAACUUUUCCUAAGACAGGGCACUUAAUCCUAUUUUACUAUACUGAAAUAGUUUCUUAGAUGUGGAUUCCUUCUUUGAGUUCUCUAUUUCCUUAGCCAUAAUAUUUUCUAGGAUCUAGGAACUCCUUAUCUUGUCAAUUUCCAGCAGUAUAUGAUUUUAAUUUAAUGUAAAAUCUCAUACUUGGUGAUCAGCACGUUCUUAUAUCCUGCUCUAGCAAUGAGUACCCACCUGCUAACACUUCUCAAACCCUCUACAAAUACCAUAUGCUGUAAGUAAGAUUUGAAGCCAGGAAUAAAAGGCAGUCUGGAAGGAAACAUCCUGUAUAAUGCAGUCUCUUGGACAUGGCUGUUUCUAAUAUUAAAUUUGAUAUGCCAUCCAAUUCUAUGACUUCAGAUCUAUCUAUAUUCGUUUAACUAGUCCACAAAAGGUUACUGAGUUAAAACUACUUAAUAACAAACUUCUAUAGUCUACCAUUCUGAGGUGAACUAUUUUUUAAAAAUACUAAAGUAAUUACGAAAUGAAACUAGCAAUUGGUUGCUGCCUAAACGAUCUUAUUUUUAAUAGCAGUCAGUAAUGUACAUUCAUGAUAAAUAUGAUAGGCUUAAGUAAUGUUGGCCUUUGCCAGUGUCCUGUGAAUCUUUGUUGAAUUUCUGAAAUCAAAAAGUAAAUCCAAGUUUUCCCUGAUGUGUCUGAAGAGAAUCAUGGGAUUUAGAAGCAUAUCGGUAAUCUAUUAGGUCCACUGCCAAAGUAUACUGAUCCAUAUUCAAAGCUAUACCAAAAGUUUAGAGUGUUUAAAAUUCCUUAUGUGGUACCAUGUCUGUUUACUUAUGCUCAUGAGCAACAAUAAAUUACCAGUUUACCUUCUGGAAUUUUCAUUGUUAUAACCUAAUUCAAUUAUUGGAAAGUGAGAAACAUCUCCCGGUCACACAACAGGGUACGUAAAUAAAUGUGUUGUUACCAGUG